CAUUUCAGUGUUUCUCAUUUAGGAAGUUCCCGGGCAACUUUAAUCACAAGUGUUGUGUGAGUUUUUUUAAUGACAAUGGCAAAAGCUCAAUUGAACAGAUUCAUCUUUCAGCAGCAAAGCAAUGAGUGAUUAACAAGAAAAGUUUGUUCGGUCAGAGAAGAUGACAAGCAUUUGUUUAAAUCUAAGCGAAAGCUUGAAUACUGCUGAUAGAAAUGGAAAUCCUGAAGAAGAAGUUACAGAAAUCAACCAAAGAGGAAAUAUAUUUUUGGAACCACAUAAAAAGGCUACAAAAACUCCACUGAAGCAACAAUUGUCUACCUCGCAUUCAUUAUUGGGAGCAAUUAAACCAGACUUGGGAGCCAUGACGACACCAACAAAGCUUCAGGAAUCACCUGUUGGAGAGCCAUGGACACCUACCGCUAAUUUGAAAAUGUUAAUCAGCGCAGCUAGUCCAGAGAUUAGGAGCAGAGAAAAGAAGAAACAGGAGCUACUUGUGGAUGAUGAUCUUACUUCAGAGACUAAUGAGAAUUUACAGGAUCAAUUGUCUGGGGAAGAAUUUGAGAAAUUUCAUCCAAGUCGCAAAGAAAAAAGCCUGGGUUUGUUGUGCUAUAGAUUCCUGGCACGAUACCCUGAUUAUCCCAACCCUGCACUGAACAACGAUAUAUGUUUGGAUGAAGUAGCAGCAGAAUUGAAUGUUGAACGUAGGCGUAUCUAUGAUAUUGUGAAUGUUCUAGAAAGCUUGCAUAUGGUCAGCCGCCUUGCUAAGAAUCGGUACCUGUGGCAUGGUCGCCACAAUCUUGCACACACACUGGGAACAUUGAAGAAUGUUGGUGAAGAUCAAAAAUAUGCAGAACAGAUGUUGCAUAUUAAGAAGAAAGGAUUUGAGUUACAUGAAAACUAUAUAAAAGAGCCACUACGUGAGCAAAAUUCAACCAGUGUCAGUGAGGUGAAAUCUAAAGAAAUGUAUUUUGUGGAACUUCCUGGAAUGGAAUUUAGAGCAGCCUCAGUGAAUGGACGGAAGGACAAAUCCCUGAGAGUAAUGAGUCAGAAAUUUGUCAUGUUAUUCCUGGUAUCGAAACCCCGAGUGGUUAGUCUCGACACUGCUGCUAAAAUUCUAAUUGGCGAUGACCAGAAAGUGGAUCUGGAUCACAGCAAGUUUAAGACUAAAAUCAGACGACUCUACGAUAUCGCUAAUGUUCUCACCAGCCUUGAACUUAUAAAGAAAGUACAUGUAACGGAGGUGAGAGGGCGGAAGCCAGCAUUUAAAUGGAUUGGACCAGAGGCAUUCCCAGACCUAAUUGACAUAAAACCGAUUACUCUGACUACCUCAGCUGCACCUAAUUCUCAAUUGUCAAAGAUUUCAAAAGAAACAUUUGCCAAGAAUCUAUUCCCUGCAUCGAACACUAAACAAGGCUUCACCCGCCAUGCAUCUUUGAACCACUUAUUAGAAAAUCUGGAGAAUAACCAGAGGAAGAUCAGCUCUGCACCAACCAGCCCAGUUGGCAAAGUUUACAGUGAUUCAUCUAAAGCUGGGUUAUAUCCAAGUAAAAUGGACCAGCUUGCUACAAUCUGUAAACUUCAGUUGGAAGCACAAUCUAAUCUGAAUGCCAGUAAACUCAUAACCUCACCAUUAAAACCAUCUUCCUCACAAGAGAAAUCAAAACUUGAUCAUCCUCCUGGACUUGUGGAACCAGCACAAUUUACUGGAGUUAAUUCAACCAUAUUCCCUCAGGUUAAACCAACAUUGCAGCCUCUUGGGGUCUUUCCUUUGAUGCACGGACAAUAUUCUUCUGUUUUACCAGUGAUGUUACCUCAAAGCCAAUCUGGUGGAUCAUAUACAAUUUAUUUACAACCUUCACAGCCAGGAAACCUGACUGCACAUUCAUCUAGCUUUGUACAGUCUAUAUCCUUGGCCACCGAGCAACAAAUUGUAAAUGCUAAUGAUUCAAAGUCAAGGAACCACACCAAUAAACGGACUGCUGAAACUUGUGCUGAUAUGCCAGAAACACAUGUUGACAUCCAGAAUAGUAAAGCAGCCAAACAUGAUAAUGUUCCUGAGUGGUGCCUGAAGCAACCCUGUACUUGUGACCUCAGUGAUGUUCUGCAUUCCAAAGAGGGAAAUAAACCCAUUGAGAGCCAACUAACAAAAGAUUCUGAUUCAUUCAAGGGCUCUUCAUCAAACAAAGAUGAGCUUUUUGAGAUUCAUCAGGCAAAGCUAAAGGCUCGCAGAAGCCUCAUAACUAAUCGGGUUUCCCCAAGGGCUUUGCAUCUUGACCCAGAGUUCAUCAAUGCCCCAGAAGACAAGAGUCUUGGCUGUGAAAAACUAGAGCACAGUGUUGAAUGUUACCUUGAGAAUGAAGAGAAGAGUGGGAUUAUUGUGUCAGAAGGAAAAGCUGCCACAGUGAAGGCUGUUCCAGUGGCAAUUGCAUUUCCUGCCCUUCAUCCUGUUUCUGAGACUGUAAUACCAUCAGGAUACCUCAUCCCAUUGCCACAGCAGGCAUCUUUCAAUACUUCAAGGAAUGGGUCUCCUGAAAUAAAAAAUAAAUGUGUCCCCUCCCCAGAGCAUCAACUUUACCAUUCACCAUUAUCAGGUAUUGCAUCGAUGACUACUUCAGAAUAUUCACCAGCUAAUUUCUCUGCUACACAUGUAACCCCUCUGAAAUUGCCUUAUCCAGUGGCAGUAGCUUCUUCUGUUGCUUCUCUUCCUAUCGCAAGCCAAGCCAACGUCACAUCCUUCACUUCUUCAGGUCAUCACUUUCCUGUUCACAGUCCCAGCCCAGGAAUUCUGAAUUUCACACUGCAGAAUCUUGGCUUGAUCAAUCCUGGUGUACACUUUUCAGUGAGUCAAGGGCCUACAAUGACAACUGCUCCUCCUGAACAAGCUAGUCCUCUCACAGGAAACAUCAAUCUACAACAAGGAAAAAUGAUUUUUGUUAAACCAGUUUCUCCUCAGCAUCAGCUGAAUGGACAACCUGUAGCGUUGAUUAGCAUACAACAGCCUAAUGUGCCAGCUACACCCGAGGGUGCUCAGUCAGUCAACAGGGAGAGCUUUUUCCGUACUCCAGGAGGUCCAUUAUCAGCUUCCAUCCCAUCAUCAGUACCUGCUAUCAUCACCAACAGCAAUAACAAAAGUCCUGCAGGAAACUUGCCCCUUCCUCAACGAAAGCUUGAGGUUUGCACUGAAGAUUUUCAAUGAUGGUGGAAUGGCUGGUAAAUCCAGAAUGGUCUACAAGAUUUUUUAAUGUAUUGCUAGGUUAUGAACAAAUCUUGGGGUACAUUCUAAAUAUGUAACGCAUAAUUUGCGUUUAAUCCUAUGAUUUUUUUUAAAUGUUAUCUGGCAGCGCAUAUUGCUCUAAGGGAUUCUUUUGAAGUUUACAUUGUACCAAUGUGAUGUUAACAUAGCCAUAAUUUACAAAACUGUGAUCUUCUGCUUAAGCAGAAUAAUAAUUCAAUACAGAACCAUAUUCAUAUAAGUACUAUGGUUAAAUAUGGCUAGAAUUACAAACUACAAGGAAUAUUUACUUUGCACAUUAUACAAGUGAAACAGUAGAAUGUACACCAUCCUACCUGGGUUAGUUUACUGUUUAUGUAUAUAAAUGGUACAACCAUUGUACACAUCAGCUGCAAAUUAACACUGGAUGACAUUUAUGGCAUGCAUUGGGGAUGAUAUCCCCAACACAGAAAUAUAUGUACUGUAAAGUCAGCUCAUUCUCCAUUUAAGAAAACAAUAUAUUAGACGGCCAUUGUUACUAAACAAAAUUGGUCAACACAAGUUUAGAUGGCACAGAACAACUUGAACUGGAUGUAAAAUUACCGGAAAAUUGUCUGUUUGAAAUUGAGUAUGUGCAUAGUACCGGAAUAAUCCAUUGGGGAAAUACAUAAAAGUACUGUAUCUUGUGCAUAUUGUGUUGUAUUUAUGUAUGACAUUAAAGCAUUAACUUUAAAUUGAACUAAAGUUCAAAUUGAUAUGCUGAUCCAAUUUUAGCUGUCACUGUCUCUUGUAAAACCAAUCUGAACAAGUACUGUGAGCUAUAGAUUGUUUUGGGUUUCCAUGAUUUCUGAGCGUUUCACAAUUAAAUCUUAAAAAUGUGGAAGCCCCGGUAAAGAGGUAGUGAUUUUAGUUAGUCCAAUCAAGUUUCUGUCCAGCUAUUUGAAUUUAUUUAUAUUGUC